AUGACAUCACUGAUCCAGCCAUUGGAUGUAGGUAAGCAAAACGCUCGAUAUCGACGCAAGCUCGUUCGUUGUCUGCUUGAUGCCAUGCAUGCUGGCGUCAAUCGGAAGCUGAAUGUGUCAGAGGUUGUGCAGUUUGCAAUCGCCACUUGGGAGGAAGUGCCCGCUCAAGUACUGCGCAACUGCUGGUUGCCGUGCAACAUUGUCGACGCGUCGACAAUGGCUCGUCUGAGGCAGAAGAACGAUUAUGGUCUCGUGUCGGAUGCGAGCGUGGAAGAGGAUCUCGCUGGGCUGAUGAAGGAUAUGUAUGUUACUGACGGUGUCGAUGCGUACAUUGACGCAGACUCAGCAGAGCCAGUUGAAUGGGCGCCCAGGAUGUGA